AUGAACAUGCCACAGAAUCGUCUAUGGGUAAAAAAGGAACUGAGGUUGUUGGGGUCUAUACAACUGAUGACUAGCCUGAUCAUACAGAGCCUGGGAUACUACUGGACAUUCCUAUAUUUCUCUCAAAGUCUUGUGUUUGGAAUAGGAAGUGAGUAUUUCCCUGUCAUUGGAACUUCAGGAUACUCACUGUGGUCCUCUUUGCUUUAUAGCAUAUCAGGAAGUUUUUCAAUAGUAUUACAGAGGAGGCCUUCAAAUAACAUGCUGAUCUGGACUAUGACGAUGAACAUCUUAAGCAUCUUUGCAACAUUAAUAGGUGUGUUCCUAAUAUCAUUUGAACUGAUCCUGACUUCAAAGUUAAAAACUCCUCUGUGGCAAUAUCGAAGUGCUAGGAUGCUUACACAAUAUCUCUUCCUGUUCACUAUGCUGGAGUUGUUAAUGGCAGCCAUAGUAACUGAGUGGACCUACAAAGCAAGACAAACAGAAGAAUAA